GGAGGCGGCAGCCCCAGCGCCUGGAACGGGCGGCCGGCCCCAGUGGAGCCGGGAGAUGAGCGAGAGUUGCGGGUUUCCUUUGCGUGAUCUGUAAACAUGUCCAUGGAUCUGCUAUGGUGUGAGGACUGCAGCAAAAGCCUUAUAGGAGAAUGCAAACUCCAUGGACCACUCAUCAGGGUUAAAGACAGGGUUAUUCCCAGUCGAGCCCGCCUUACCCUACCUCACUACCUCACUUUGCGAGUGCUGGAGUUGCGAGCUGGGAACCAACAGAUCCUUGGAGUGUUUGCUAAGAAAGUUAUACAGAAGAGAACACAAUUUGGUCCUUAUGUUGGGAAACUAUCUACAAAGCUUACCCACUAUGAUGACAACAGGCUAGUUCUACAGGUAUUGAAAGACGGCGGAAAGUACUUUCUGGAUGCUCCCAAUGAAGACUGUGGUAACUGGAUGAUGUUUGUCCGACUGGCCCGGAACCAGGAAGAACAGACCCUUGUAGCCUAUCAGUACGCUGGAGAAGUCUACUUCACAACUGUUAAGCCAAUUGAACCCCACACAGAAUUAAAAGUGUGGUAUGCUGCAGAUUACGCCAAGUUUAUGGAAGCUUCUGCAGUUGUCAUCAAAGAAGAAUCUGAUAUCUGUGCUUUAUCACCAGUUUUAACAACAAGAGAGUGUGCCGACGCCUGGAUAUGCUCCAAUUGUAGUAACGUUUUUGGGACUUUAGCUCUGCUGGAAUCUCACCAAUGCAUCAGUAAAGACAAAGCACUUCUCACCAGCUUCAGACCAGCAAAUAAAUUAGAACCUCUAAAAACAAAGGGCAAAACCAAAGGCAAACUGAGUGAAACUGGCAUGGGCACAAGCAUUGUCCAGUGCUAUGGGACCAUUUCCUGUUCCCCUAGUGCAAAGUCUACCUGUGCCAGCUCAGGAAGUGUUUGCGGUUCCAUUGUGAGAUUUGUGCCUACAUGGAGAAAUGGUCAGUCUUCACUACUAAAAGAAAGAGAAGCGAAGCAGCCAGACAGUUAUCGCUGCCGCCUCUGCGGGAAGAUAUUUUUUUCUGUUGAAAAGCUCACAGCCCACACUUAUGCCCACACAGGAGAGCGUCCCUACAGGUGUUCCCAACAGGGAUGCACGAAAGCUUUCAUUUCCAAAUACAAACUGAUAAGGCACUCGGCCACCCACUCUCCACAGAAAUCUCACCAAUGUGGUUACUGUGAAAAGACCUUCCACAGAAAAGACCAUCUGAAAAAUCACCUUCAGACUCAUGACCCCAACAAAAUGGCCUUCAAGUGUGAAGAGUGUGACAAGAAGUACAACACCAAGCUGGGUUACAAACGACACCUGGCUCUUCAUGCAGCCACCAGUGGGGACCUUACCUGCAGGGUGUGUUCCCAAGAGUUUGGAGGCACUGAAGUGUUGUUAGAACACCUCAAAACUCAUGCAGGGAAGCCAGGCAGCAGCAUCAAGGAAAAGAAACAUAAGUGUGACCAUUGUGAACACUAUUUCUAUACCCGCAAAGAUGUGCGGCGUCACAUGGUGGUUCACACAGGCUGCAAGGACUUCUUGUGCCAGUUUUGUGCCCAGAGAUUUGGGCGCAAGGACCACUUGACUCGCCACAUGAAGAAAACACAUCCACAAGAGCUGCUGAAGGGCAGGUUGCAGAAUGGUGACUUGCAGGGUCUCUUUGCCCCUUUCUCUCCAUUCAGACUGAAGGAAGAUGCCAGUAUCCUGUCCUCUUUUCCUGAGAGGGCUUCGAUGCAGCAUGGGCUUCCGAACACGUUAGAAGCAGAAGAGUAUAGCAGCCCACAUAUUCACUGUCAAAGCCUACAGUCUACUCAUCCCUUUGAGCCUCCUCAUUUGCUAAGGAUGAGCUGUGUAGAUAGUGUCUCAGCCACUCAUUCUAAACCAUCUCCACCAUCAAUUCCUACCAACCAGAAUCCUCAUCGGCACAACAAAUAUGAACUGAGUACUACCUCAUUUGCACCAACAUCCCUCAAAAGCCUACCCAUCGAAGUGGAUGUUAAAGCUCAUAAUGUGAAUUUGCUCGAGGACCUGCCUUUACCAGAACCUCACAAAGUCAAUCAGGAAGAAGCUUCCUCGGGGGCUGCAGGCGAUGCUGGCAAGUACAUAUUGCACAAGGAGACUGUGACAACAGUUGAAUCUAUUAGCAUGCCCUCCAUGGAUCUUACUCAUAUACUGGGUUUCUGGCAGUUCCCUCAGAGUGAUAACCAGAAUAACAAUGGGGACAUAACAAUGGCAUUUGGUCAGGAGGAAGCACCACACAGGCUGAGCUGCAUCAGCCAACAGCAAGGUGCACAGCUAGCUCUGGGUGGAGUGGCCUUAAACCAGCUUCAUCAUGUCCCACAUUCUUUUCCAUCCAGUACAAAUUCUGCAACAUUGCCUCAUUUUCACCAUGCAUUCAGAUAACUACCACCUUUUUUAGGGCUCCUUUCAUACCCAGAUUUGUGAAGGAGAAAAGCCCUAAGCCAUCUUAAGAACUUUUUAAAAGGACAUUAUAAACAUUGUAGAAUGUUCCAGGAAGUAACAGAAUUAAUAGAUGUAUUUUAUAUAAUAUUUACUAGUUUUGUAGCAUAUGACACUUGCAACAAUGCCAUAUUUUCCCCUCAAUACCCUCCAUGUUUUUACACUUAAACCAAAUAGUUGAACUAGUGUUCUCCAGUAGAAAUACAAAUGUAUCUAUAAACAGGCACAAAACAUGAUGGCUGCUAUGGGGGUGAGGGUGGGAAACAAAACUUUUUAAAUGAGCCAUGACUUGCAAUAAUUUUAUAUAAAUGACUUGAACAUUGUUCAUAUGUAGAAUCUAGGAGGGUCCAGUAGGUUUUUAUGGUAAGCACUUAAUCACUGAGCUUUAAGAAUUUUUAAUUUAAGUUGUGACUUCCUUCACUUAUUUUAUCUCCUCUCACUUUUUUGAAAACAAAACAUGGCUGUGGUGACUAAGUUGAACUACAAUUUGUUUUUUUGAAGUGCACUUCUGCUGUGUGUGGAGAUACGGUGUUUUCUCCAGGGCUGGAAAUAACUACCACCGUUGUAGCCUAAGAAUAGAUGUGUGGUAUAAACGGCUUUUUCUGAAGAGGCAAUACGUGGUUAAGACAAUACAUUGAUUUUAAUUUAGACUUUGAUCCUGCAAGAUGCUAGGCAUUCUGGGCCUAAUCCAAGAAAGCUCUUAAGCCUAUAGUUAGCUUUAAGCGCAAGUAGUCCCAUUGACUCCAGCACACUCAGCCCCUUGCACAAUCUAACUCUCAGGCUAUGUCUACACUAGCACUUUUGUCAGCAAAACUACACCCCGACUAACAAAAGUUUCACUGCCAAAAACGCCGGUGUGGACAGCACUAUGUCAGUGGGAGAUGCUCUCCCGCCGACUUAUCUACCAUUGCUUGUUGGAGGCGUUUUAAUUAUGCCGGCUGGAGAGCUCUCCCCCUCCGGCAUAGAGUGACUACACAGGAGACCUUACAGCAGUGCAGCUGUGCUACUGUACAGUCCGUAGUGUAGACAUAGCCUCAGUAAAGAUUAUGUUCCCCAUCCAAGCAAGCUCUGUUCACUUUUGGUUGAUGAUGGCCUUUGUUUCAUCCAGGAAAGUGAUUCAUUGUAAAAACAACAAGGAGUCUAGUGGCAUACAGACUAACAUGCUACCCCUCUGAUACUUAUUCAGUGUAACAAUCUGUAACAUAAAUGUUCCUUGGCAGCUAAACUACACUAGCAACAUAAGCUUGAUGUUACAGUCCUCAACAUAUGCAUGGUAGCUUUCGUUGCAGUCAAUGACUGGUCUGCAUCCAGAAGGACUGCAAGAUCAGACAAGGUCCCACGGUGUGUCUUUCACAACUACAUACAAUGUCUAACCCCCACUAAAGUUGGAUAAAUAUAUAGCAGGUAUGAAAAUGUUAAGUAAUUUUAUAUUUAUGGUUUCAGCACAGUAGUAUUUAACAGGUUAUAUCUGGCCAUUAAGUUACAUUCAUAUGUAUAAACCAAAACAGAAAUACGCUCUUUUUUGUUUUUGUAAGUUGUCUGUAUAUAUUUCCUUUCUAAAUGUCUUCAGGUGUCAUAGUGCCAUCAACUGACAAGGUAUGGUGAACUCAUGCAAAUUGCAAAAGAUACCACACUACAAACUUUUCUUAAAACAAAACAAAACACCACCACACACCUUCAGGGUCCAUCCAUCUCCCGUAAACCACUUCACAAAGAUCCUGUGUUUUUUGUUUACUGCUGUUGCUGAUUAUGUUCUUAUGGAUCAAAAGAAAACAUAGAAAUGUAAAGUCUAAAUCCCACUAGGUGCUCUCUGCCCUCAAGUCCCAUUGUUUAAAAAGAGAUUGAUUUAUUAAUGAACUACUAAAAAAAGCCCUUCUCUGAAAAAUUCGAGAAUGAUAGUGUAUGCCUGUUGUGCAUUUUUAAAUUAUUCUAGGACGUUAUGGAUAAAACUUAAAAAAUGUGUGGUGUGGGUGUAGAUUUAGAUUAAUUCAUUUACUGUGUUGUCCUUUCUAAUCUUGCAUAUUGUAUUCACUUUGCUUCAUCCAGUAUUGUAUCUCUUUAACAAUAUGGAUGUUUAUAGGCAUUGUCUAAACAUAUAAUAUUAAUGAGCAUUUUAUCAGCUUGGUUUGAACUUCUGCAAAGAGGUGUAACUAAAUAUUUAAUAAUUUUCCUUCACUUAAAGGUCAUGGUUAAAAGAAAAUGCAACACAUGAGCUAGAAUCAUGACCAUGCUCUGUAUGGAAAUGUUCAGAUUUACGAUCCAUGAAGAGAACCUGUGCCCAUACCUGCUUUCAAGCUAUUCUGAAAUACAGCAUUGUGCCUUCUACAGGGGUGCUAGUCUUCUGUAGUUAAUGAAGAGUGCUUCAGAUUCAAAUAAAAAAUAGCAUGAAUCACUUGUGUUACUAGAGCUUCUAGAUAGCAUGAGGUAAUGGUGAUUAAAACAUUCUAAUGAAAAAGGAUUAAAAUAACCAAUUACCUGUCAAUAAAUUCAAAAUUAGCUUCUAACAUUCCUGAAAGCUUAAAUGUAGGGGAAGCCUGAACACAGGCCCUGUUUUGUAUUGAAUCAUUAAGGGCACCCCACGCCAUGUAUCCAGUAAGAACUUUUAUCUUUAGAAUCUCAGAACACUACAAAUACUAAAGAUUUGUGUCAUUUAUUUUAAAGUAGGAGUUUGGGGCAGGGGGAGAUUUUCUUUUCUGUAAAUUUAGUAUUGUUAAGAAGGCCUCCACUGAGAGCCCUGGACACUGAGGUGUGUUCAUCCAUAGGACAAGAACAACGCCCACAAUAGCUUCCUCCACACUGCCUAUUUGCCUCAACAGACCAUCUCUUUUAUGCAAAGAUUUCAGUGACUGAGCUGCUUUAGGAGCGAGCCGUCACGUCAGUGGAAGGAAAAUGUUGAUAUGUGAAGUGACGUUAUUAUGCUGGGGGUGUGUUUGAAAUAUCUGAGCUUGGGAUACCAGUCUGGAAACCAAGAAUUCCCAAAUUCUUAUCCCAGCGGUGUCACUUCACCUAUCUGGCUCCAUUUCCCAAUCUGUAAAAUGAGGAUAGUGAUACUUACCUACUUCACAGGUUUGUGUGAACAUUAAUCUCGAGAUAGCUUUGAAUAUGUAAAGUACUAUAUAAGUGUGAAGCAGUAUUCUGUACAGUAUAUAGCCCCAUACCUGUGUAUUUUUUCUGUAAACAGGAUUAUUCUUUUUCUAGAUUAUCUGACACAGCUCCAUUGCGAGGGUUUCAUUUAUGCCUAAAUGCAAAACAGAAGUAUGGAUUAGUGUAGAUUAUCCUAUACCAGCACAGCAAAAUUGCUUACCUUAACACAAAGUUGCAGAAGUCAUGUAUACAUUUAUGCGUUUGGUCAAGAGGACUUAAGCUCCUAAAUCACCAAUGCACUUUUGAAAAGCUACUCUGCCCCAGAUAGACUCUUAACAAAGGGAGUUGAUUUAAAUCACAUUAAGCUACCUCGGCAUACAAAUCAAGCUACCUCUAUGACAGUUUCCCAACACAAUUUUGUCAUUUCACUUCACACUACCACUCCUUAUAUCCUUUAUCUUGGUGGAGUCUGUAAUAAAAUCUCAAACAAAUUUAGAACAGAAAAGUGAAGUUGCAUUACUGUAGUGAUAAGUGUAUCGCACAGAAUUCCUCUGGUUCAAUAACCGAGCAUGAGUUACACAUUGUCACUAUUCUGGUUAAUACACAGCCAGCGUUAGCACGCCAUAAACCGUGCUUCCAAUGGCGGGGGUUAAUGGGAAGGAAAAAGAGGGAGACAGCUGGGGAUAACCCACAUUAGAACAAGGAUGAUCUUAAAAUCAGAGCUCAGCAUCAUGUAACUGUUCUUUUCCCCAACCUGAGUACUGAAGCAGCUGAUUUUUCUUGUAGUAUUUAUGUGCAUCACUCUUAUAUUGUCAGCUUCCCAACAUAGCAGUGCUGCUGAUGUUUAUCCUUCGUGUAAACCAAAACCACACAGGGUACAUCAGUACUGCAAUCAUGGGGUGUGGUUACAGCUCAAAUAGACACACGUGAGCUAGCUUAAAUCUAGUUAGUUUGGGUACUGGAGCAAUGAAGCCGUGGCAGGGUGUGCUUUAGUGUGGGCUGUGCCAGCUCGCCCAGAACCCUAAUUGCUCAUGGAGCUGGCGCGCACUGCUGCAGCUUCACUACUUGUGGACCCUAGCUAGAUUAAAGUUAGCUCAGGUAUGUCUCCUCAAGCUGCAAUCACACCUCAUGGUUGCAAAGUAGAUGUACACUAAGUUUUAUAUAUCCUGCUCUUUUUUCAGAAACAGGCAGAAUAAGUUACCUAAUUAGGCCUGAGAGACAAGGUGGGUGAGGGAAUAUCUUUUAUUGGACCAACUUCUGGUGGUGAAUGAGACAAGUUUUCGAGCUACACAAUGCUCUUCUUCAGGCCUGGGCAUUUUCUUGCUGGUUUGGUGAAUCCAUCUGGUUUCCUGGAGAUAACCUCUAUCACAGCUGACACUUAGGAUUGAACUAGUGACCUCAAGUGCUGAUUACAUUCAUCCCUACAACUAGAGUUAAAGAGGCAGGCUCUAUAGCAAACCCAUGUCCUCUGUGGAACAAGUAUAUAGGGAGACACCCCACACAGUGAUCAGUGGGUUACACCAUCAUAUCACUUUAAUAUCCAAUAUGUCUUCUACUGCAAGACUAGUUUUUGUGAUUGGAGUAGACAAUGAUCUAAUCACUCUUUUCUAUCUCUAAUAUGAACCUACAUGUCACUUUAAAGCAAUACCGUACAACAGGGAAAAAUACCUCAUAACGUCUGUCAAUUCUCACAAUCCCAUUUGAGACCUAAAGUCUAAAAUAGUUUCUCUGUGUAAUACUUCCAUGUAGUUUAUAAACAACUUUUUAUUGUAAUAAAAUAAGCUAGGUAGAGCAGAAUUAUUUUAGUGUAGUGCUUACUAUGUUAAUCAGGCUACUAACUGAAAGCCUGUGGUGACAGCAUGAGAGAGACCAGGCAAGUGGUAGAACCUCAGAUCUUACAUGACGUGAUGGUUUUGACUCUUUCUAACAAAGAUUUGAGUGCAAAUCAGGACUAUAGAUAGCUAUCAGGCAUGGAAAGUGGAUCUCUUGGAGCCUGCUGCGUGGAAAGCAGUGGGAGUUUUGCAUUUUAAAUCAAUGUGUGCAAAUCAGGCAGGAUGAAAUACUGUAUGUUAUAUUUAUAUAAAAUUAGCACAACAGUAUUCUAUUCACUCAUGGAGUGGGUCGGGGGAGAACCUUUUCAGAGGCAGCGUGGCCCACUGGACAGGGCCUUGGGCUAGACAACAGUAGGACUUGAGUUCUAGGCUCAGCUCUGCCAUUGACCUUGUGAUCUUGAACAAGUUAUUUCACCUUUCAGCACUUCACUAUCUAUAACACAGGAAUGACAAUACUUCCCUUCUAUGCACACUAUAGAUAAAACGUGCUAUAUAACAGCUAAUGAAUAGAAUAACCACCAACAGGCAGAGAUUAGAAAAUAUAAUGGAGAAAACUGGGUGAAUUAAUUGCCAUAUAUUAAAGGUGUACUCUUGGAAAGGUAUGAUGGAAACUAUGCAACCGCAGCAAAAUAACACUAAGAGGCUCAUAUUACAUCACUCACAGCAAGAGAAGAUUUGCUAUAGGAAGCAAAGGUUACACCUACAUUUAAACAUAUGACUAGAACGCACCGUCCAUCCCAUAUAUAAAAAGCUAAAAUGCAGAAGAACCUUAGCACUCCAAGAGGUUUGUUUCUCUAUCAUUUUUUCUGGUUUCAUUUCAUGGCCUGUUCUUGUUUUGAUUCUCUCUCUUCUUAACCAAAUUACUGCUGCUAAUUCUUGAGAGAGUUUUUUGAAGUCAGUCUGAAAUAUUUUGACAAGUUUCCUAUGUUACUUCUUUAUUCAUUUUUUGUUAACAGGGAAUUUUAUUUUAAAUGUACUGUUUUCUAAUGUAACACAGCUAAAUUUAUCCUUGCUGCAGACCCCUGAAAGUCAAUGGAGUUACACUAGUUUGAAUUUUGCCAUGUGUCUUAUUUUAACCUGUCAUAACUGACAAACUUAACUGACUAGUUUACUUAAACUGUAUAUAGUCUAUUACUCUACCAUUGUUGUAUCCUACUAGGCAUUAUUUGAGAAUUAUUUCUGGUCUUUCAUUUACUGUAUAAACAUUUUAUAUGGAAGCA